CGCGAUGGUUUACACAUCCCACUUUAAAGAGCUGUGCAAUACCUACUCUCUCUCACAAACUUCACCAGCCUGCCACCUGCGAAAGAAGCUAAAUAUCGACGACCAAAGAUGGAUAUUCUGACAGUUUUGCCCCCCCACUUUGGAUAUGUCAUAUUCACUUAUCUGUACAGCUGGAUUAUGCUCGGAUAUCUAGCUGUGAAAGUUGGAGCAGCGAGGAAGAAGUACGAUGUUAAGUAUCCAACGAUGUACAGCGACAAGGAGCAAGUGUUCAACUGUAUCCAGAGAGCACAUCAAAAUACACUUGAAGUGUAUCCUCAGUGGCUUGUUUUCCAGACCAUUGCAGCCAUUGUCUACCCAUUGUCAGCAUCAGUACUCGGGGCCAUUUGGGUGACCAGCAGGCUUUCCUAUGCCUGGGGAUACUACACCGGAAAUCCAGCAAAGAGGAUGAAUGGUGCCUAUGGCUAUAUCGGAUACUUUGGGGUCAUCAUCUUGUCUAUAUCUGUUGCUUUGCAGUUGCUUGGUGUUUAUUAAGAUCAUUCUCAUAUUUUCCCAUGUAACUAAAAAUUUUAUUGGCAUUAAUUACCAGUUUUGCAAUGUGUCAGACUUCCAUUAGAUUGCAACAUUAACUGAUGAUCUUCAUGGACUGAUGAAUAUUCACUGUUUUGAUAUACUGUGCUUGUGCUUUUGUAAUGACUGAUGACAUAAUGACUGCAUGUACUGUAUUAUCUAAGGUUCUCUGUUAUAUCCAGUUAAUUCAUUGGAAAAUAAAAAACGUAUUGCCUUGUU